AUGUCACAAGACCCUCUCUACUUGGAUAUUAACAGCUUGGCCAGCCUCGCUGAUCUUUUUCGGAUGGUUGAAGAGCCUGAGUGUUCCAAAGUUCGAUUUGCCGAAAAUGUGAAUCUACGAAAGUAUAUCGAAAAGUCUUAUAGAGGAAAUAUCUUACCCUACAACAAUUGGACACAACGCAUGUUACGUUUGGAAGAAAUUAAACUUCGCUUACCUUCACUUGCGAAUGCGGGUGAUGUCGAUGAACUCGUUCAAAGGUUGAAUAGCGCUAGCCCCCUUGAUGAAGAGCAGAGUUAUUCGGCUGGGAUAGUCAUUCAGCUGGUGACACGUUUGUUGACCUUUUCGCUGCAAUUUCGAAGAUCUCUCUCCGCUGUGCCAAAAGAUCGUUUAACUUCGGCUCUAUCUGCCGUAUCGGAUUACCAUAGUGCUGUGUUGGAUCUCUCGAACCCUUUCACAACGUUACCGUGGAAAGUACUUGAGAACGAUUUCAUGGAAAAAGCUCAAAAUAUGUUACAAUUACCUUUCAAUCC